AAGAGAUGUGUCUCCUUGUCCUAGAAGCUUCUCAAAAUGUAAAAGAAAAGUAAUAAGCAAGGAAGGUAAAAAGAGAAGAUGAAAGUUUUCAUUAUUUUGGGACUUUCAGCAGCUACAGCCUUCACAGCUGUUUUCUUUUCUUUCCUUCAGAUAGGCAAAGAUACCAUCUUUGAAGAAAUUGAAGAUAACUGUAUUACUAAGGCUAUCCAGAAGGGUUCUAGUCUGGUGGAUUAUGCUGCACGUUAUGAAAUGAACAGAAAAAUCCAAGGAAGUGGAAUAGCAACCCCUACCUUGCUUCUGGCUUUCUCAAAAUUUCCUGAGCAAGAGAGUCAAGAUAUUUCCCAAGCAGCUGAACGAAUGGAAAUGUCGAUUCAGGUGCUGAAACAAAAAGUUUGCCAGAAGCACAAACGUUCGUUGCAUCAAACUGAGAUGAAUUUCAAAAUGUCUGUCUGGUGUCUGGAAGGCUCAAAAGUUCAGAAAUAUUAA